GGUGCCACAUAUUUACCUAAUGAUGCCAGGAAAAGUUUGAUAGUGUUCUUUGAUGUGGCCCAAUUUUUAUUGAUCAAAGCUGAGAGGAGAGAACAUUGAUUGUACCACACCUAACCUCUCAUGUCAUAAAGAAUGGUUAAAAAUGAGCAAUGAAGAGAUAAAGAAAGCCAUUCUGGAGAUGGAUGAGAGGGAGGAGCUGGCUAAAGACAUGUUAGAGCAGCUGCUGAAGUUUGUUCCUGAAAAAAGUGAUAUUGACCUUCUGGAGGUCAAUAUCAUGACAUGAGCAAACAUGAGCCUGAGCGUAUGGCCCGGGCUGAUCGCUUCCUGUAUGAGAUGAGCAGAAUCGACCACUAUCAGCAGAGGCUCCAGUCUCUUUUCUUCAAAAAGAAGUUUGCAGAGCGUCUAGCAGAAAUAAAACCAAAGGUUGAAGCUAUCCUGUGGGCGUCACAUGAGGUGAUGAGAAGUAAGCGCCUGACACAGGUUCUGGAAGUGGUUUUGGCAUUUGGGAACUUCAUGAACAAAGGACAGAGAGGCAAUGCAUAUGGUUUCAAAGUGUCCAGCCUCAACAAGAUCAUAGACACCAAGUCAAGUAUAGACAGGAACAUCACCAUGUUGCAUUAUCUGAUCAUGAACUUUGAGAACAAUUACCCUGACAUCCUCAGUCUUCAACAGGACUUGGUCUCUAUACCAGAAGCUGCCAAAGUCAAUCUGGCUGAGCUGGAAAAGGACGUGUUCAUCAUUAGGAGUGGCUUGAAAGCUCUGGAGGUGCUGAAGGACCAGCGGGAGCGAGAAAGGCAAGCAAAGAAAAGCACCGGAUGCAGUGUGUCAGAGGAGGUGGGGGAGUUUGAUGAUCUCGUAUCGGCGCUUCGCUCAGGUGAAGUCUGCGACAAGGACUCUAAACUUAAACGCAACCGCAAGCGCUCUGUCAACCAGCUGGCAGAUUCAAAGUAAUUCAAGUCAGCAAGAUGAACUAUUGACCUCAGUGAAUACGCAUUUUUAUAUUUACAGACCGACAGAGAACUCUCUUGAAAUACCAUACACUGCCCUCUGUUUUUAUUAUGCUCAGACCAGUAAUAACGGACAAGCUCAAAGAUGGACAGGCUCACUGAAAGAUGCUCUGCAAUCUCUCUCUUCUUGUUUCAGAGACAGGGUAAAGGAGAGGCCUAUGAUAUGUAAAUAUACACAUAUAUGAAGGCAAUGAAUGCAAACAUUUGAAGAGGAAAUGUAGAUUCCAGUGAGACUGUGAUUAUGGAUUAAGGAAAAAAAAAAAUCACCCCAUGCAGGUUACAUUGCAGCAGUCUGAGACCUCCUGUGCCCUCUGUCCAUAUGGGGUCACAGUGGGAGUUCGGUAUAAGAUGAUUGUGUUUAUCUUUUAAGAGAUAAAAGUUAAAUAUAGACAUGCAUGGUGCUAAUUGUCCAUUUUUGUGGGUACAGCUCUGCUCUCUGACCCUGCUUAAGGAACAAGAAUGGUGUCUGUGACUGCAGGGCUUGUGGUAUAUCUAUAUGUGGUAUAUCUAUUUCUUUGAGCCAGUAAAAUUAUUUAUUAAUAGUCCAAAAAUACACAAGUUUUAACACUAAAUUUACAAGUGCUAUAACAAUGGGCCAGUGCAGAAAUUCUCUCCUUUUUCACCUGUAUCAGCUUGUGUACUUAAUUAGAUUUAAUGAUUGAAAGUUGUAUAUUUGUUUGUUUAUUCGUUUAAUACCAAAAAUAGUCAUUGUAGUCUUAUCUGUGUUAAGUCACUUUUUCGCGACUAAUGGUUUGAGAUUGCUUAUUACAAAAAGUUAGUAUUUUUGUACAACAGACAGUUUAUUCCAGGUUUGACCUGAAACGAGCAGAGAGUUUUUUUCUGGGACAUUUAGAAAAAUACAAUUAUUGCCCACUUAAAUCAGAGCAUUUGUAAUUAGUUUGAUUGCACUUCCUAAGGAUUCCCCAUAUAGGCUCUUAUUAGAUCUUGUGGCGAAGCCCUAGUCUUGAGCUGCUUAAUUGGAGAUCAUGCAGAAUUAGGAAUGUGGGUUUGCACAAUUAACUGUUCUUUGUGCACCAGAAUAAAUAUGAUCCAAAAGAAGUGAAGACACACUAAAUUCGACAAUUUUAUAUUAAUACAUGUAGUACUAAAAAAAACAGACACUUGCCCCUUGCCAAAUGAAGACUGGGGUUAUUUAUUUUAAUUUCCUUUACAUCUCUAUCAAGCUUGUCAUGAGAAGAGUGGUACUGCAGACUCUAGAAGUUACAUUGAUGCAUAAAACAACUUUGGUAUUCUGCCUUUUAAGCUUCAAAGAGUAUAAAAAUCUUCAGAGAUAUUAUUUGUACUUUAUGUAUAUCUGGUGAUUGAUUUUCCAAAACCAAAGGAAAAAAUGUAACUAGUUGCUUAAUGCACUUUUUUGUAGGACAGACUUUUAACUGAAUCACAAACCUGAGGAGACAAAGGCUGAAAAAAGAAAAGAAAAAGAAAACCUAUGUAUGUAGAGAGAGAGAGAGAGAGAGAGAGAGAGAGAGAGGCCUACAUAGAUUAAAUGUAAAUUUACCCAAUAAUCUGUGUUCCACUGUCCUUUUCAGCUCUUUGUAUUGAAUAUAGAAUUAGAUAGAUAUGAACUGUAAUAUGAAUAAUAAAGAAUACUGAUUAUUUUUGGUACAAGAUAAAAAUAUUGGUACUAGAUUGAAUAUGAAAGCACCAUGCCAACUGCCUAAAUGUAUAACUCACUUUUAUAUUUUAGAUAUAUUUGAAAUAUGUUUUGCCUCCCACUUCUGCUUGGCACUUGAUGUUGUCCCUGUUUGCUCAAGUGGGACAUAGCAGUGGUUCUCUGAU